AUGAAUGCCACCCUGAUCAACACAACCAUGAAGUGUGUGCGGGACACAAGUGUAUCUUCUUUGGUGUUCCCCUGUCUGUACAGCAUCCUCUUUGUCGUCGCCCUGGUACCGAAUUUGCUUGCUGCAUGGAUCUUCUUCCACGUGCCCAACACUUCCACAUUUGUAGUCUUUUUGAAAAAUGUGGUGGUGGCUGACUUGCUGAUGAUUCUGACCAUCCCUGUGAGAGUCCUCAGCGAUGCAGGUGUGGGUUACUGGCAACUGCGUGUCUUCUACUGUCGAUACUCUGCUGUCCUCUCCUACGUCACCAUGUACAUCAGCAUCCUGUUGCUGGGCCUCAUAAGCUUGGACCGUUAUCUGAAGAUAGUCAAACUUACGAAGUGCGCCCUGCAGCGUGUGGGUGUUGCACAGAUUGUGAGUGCAGUUGUGUGGAUUGUGAUGCUCUCCCUGGCUCUGCCCAGUGUUAUUCUCAGUGACCAGACCUCAAAGAUCUCUGGGAGUAAAAUGAAGUGCGCCUCCAUAUUUCGCGAAGCUGGACUGCUUUGGCAUGAAGGAUUCACCUCUUUCUGUCAGGUAAUUUUCUGGGGCACACUGGCCUUGAUGGUGGUUUGCUACACGUUCAUCAGCAAGAAGGUGUAUGAGUCAUACAAAACCUCAAAGAGCAGUUCGGAAACAACCAGUCGCAAGAGCAAAGCAAAGGUCUUUGUGGUAGUUGGAGUGUUUUUUAUCUGCUUCGCCCCAUUCCACUUUGUAAGUGUCCCCUACACUCUGAGCCAAACACAGAAUGCAGUGAGAGACUGCCAAGCAGAGAAUGCACUCUAUGUUGCUAAGGAAACCACCGUGUGGCUAUCGGCCACAAAUGUCUGUCUGGAUCCGCUUAUCUACAUCUUCCUUUGCAACGUGUUUAGAAAACGUCUCACAGCUACUUUCUGUAGAACCCAUGAGAGGUCACUUAAUGUGAUAUUUUUCUCUGGCAAUGAUCAUUUGUGA